AUGCACACUAUGCAUUUCUACGUCUCUCAUUAUUUCUCGGAAAUCGACUAUUUGAAUAUUUUUCCGAUUUCUUUCAGAAGUAGCCUUAAAGAAGUUGGCAAUAUCGUGGUAAGAACGCGUGCAGCAUUUGCAAGAAAUCUGAGAGUUAUCAUGCCAACGGGAAACAUGGAUGAACUGCCAUCAGAUUUGCGAGAUCCAGCCAGAGUUUUUGGGGUUGGCACAUUUUAAGAAGCUAUCGAAGUGAUCAAGAAAUUAGCUAGAGAGAAUCAGAACUGCUAGAAAUUUCAAUAAACUUGAAUUUUGAAUU